AGAGAGAGAGUACUGCGGCCAUGCAUGUUUAGAGUAUGAUCAUGAGUAUAAAAUAUCGUGAUUUUGUUGGCUUCUUACUCGAUUCAAUAAUAGUUGAAGGGUCUUGUAUAGAAGGGUAUUUAAUAAAUGUAUAUAAAUUUCCACUCGAUAAUUUUCAUCUAUACAAGACUUUUCAAACAGGGUCAGCCCUGCAAACCAGGCACACAUAAACAGCCCCUAAAUCAUGCGAUACUGGCCUGGAUCCAACCCUCACAAGUUCAGGUUGUUUGGCAAGGGUUGGAAUGUUGGGAGCUUUACCAUUAUAAACAGCAAAGCCAUAAAUUCAAGCCAAGUAUUUAUAUAUUGGUCUAUUGCAGCAAUAAAGCUAAUACAAUCAUUGAAUCAUGAAAUGUAUUGUGAUUUUCAGCAGUACAAAAUAGAAUCGAAAAAGCUCCUCCUUUAUUUAAUUUUUAUAUCUCAAUAUAAAAUUCAAGCUGCAAAACAUAAUUACUCAAAGACAACCCAAAAUAUGGUAUUAAAUUGCAAAUGGCAAAUACAUUUUUUACAGUACAUAUAGAAAACAUAUUCACUUAAAUAAUACGAACUGUCACGAUAUACUGUACAUGUAAGGUCCGUUUCAUGUGAAAAUAAAUUUCCUUAUUUCCUUGUUAUAUUCUUCCAACUUUCAAACGUAUUCUUUGGCCCAUAUUUCGUCAGUGUAGCUCUAAAUGUCAACAUUUUCAUGCUCGACGAAGCUAUCUAGACGCCACCACGAAGGAGCACUUUCAAAUUUGAUUUUGAAGUCGUUUUGUACGUUUCACCUUCAAUUUUAUAUUCAGCACAAUCGUAGGAAUUUUUUUCAGUACCAGAGAACGAUUUUGAGCUGAAUAAACCGACUUUUCUUGCAAAAAUUCUCACUUUAGUAAGUUACAGCGUCAAAAUAUAAUACAAUUCUAUCAUAGACAAUGGAAGUAGGAUGGAUUGGAAUGCCGGCAUACAUCAAAGGUCAAUGUUCGCUCACGCGGAAAUCUUUGCAAGUUGGGCAAAGAUCAUUUCCGGUUAAAUUGUAGUUUACAGCGUGGUGCUUUAUUUAUGGCAGUAUAAAGUGUAUAUCGUCGAAUUUUAUAACUAGUUCUUUUUCUAUGCCAGGAGCAAAUUGUUGUAUAGUUGAUUGUCCAACAUAUGCUUCAAAAACUAGGUAUCCUGCCCUUAGUUUCUUUAAAAUACCAAAGGGAAAAGUACAUGAAGAAUGGCGAAGUCAACUUAUUCGGAUAGUCAAUAGAAUUGACAAUGGCUUCAAUCCGGAUAAUGCAUUCAUAUGUUCUCGUCAUUUCAAGGAAAGUUGUUAUAAAACAGGUACGUUUGUUGUUAAAUGUUAUGACAUAUUUAUGAAUAAAGUUAAACCAUAUAUUUUGAGAAAAUUGUUAAUGUUUAUUUAAUAGGUAAGGUUUCAACACAGAGAAACCGAAUUGUAUAAUAUUUGAAUAGAUAUUCAUGCCAAAAGAGUAAAAUAUAUAGCUUUCUUUAAGUAUAUUUGAUAGUCUACUCAUCUUUUUAUUAUGAUUCCAAACAAUUUAAACGAGUUUUGCCGCCAUAUAUGCUGUGUGUAAAUAUUUAUACAAAUAUUAUACAAUUUAUAUCUCAUAUAUAUUGUCUUGUACUUCUGUGCUUUCAAGAGUUAUACGAGGGGAUAUAUAAUUCUUAACUCUAUAGUUUAUAUUUGUGGAAUUGUGGUGACAUAUAAAUGUUAUACUUUUAUAUGACUGUAUUCAUAUUCAUUGAAAUAGGUGAAAAGGGUCAGAAGCGACUUAUUCCAGGUUGCCUCCCGACAGAAUAUUUGCCGAAAAAAAGUAUUGAAAGCAGGAAAGUCCUGCCAAGAAGAACAUUGGUUCGAGAUUCUUCUGAGACUGAGACAACCUUAGAUGUUUAUAAAUACACUGAACUAAGUGACCUAAAAAAAGACUUUAAACAUAUCAAGGCCCCAUGGACUGUUUUAAUUGAAAACAAUUUAUCCUGUAUUUUUGGUUACUUGGCAGAAAAUGGAAACAUUAUUCACAAGGUAACCGUGAACGAAGCCUUAGAAUUUGGUGUUGAAUCGUCUUCCUUAUAUUUGCCUGACAACCACAAGAUUUAUGAAAAGUAUAAACGCAGUGUAGCUAAAGUGAGAAUUCAGUGGCUGUUGAUGGAAAUAAAACAACUUACAUUAUGCAGUGGAAUUAGAGACAGUGACUUAGUAAAGAGCAUUACAAGUAAUGCUGACAUUGAAAAGGGUUUUCUAUUUUCUAUGGAUUAUGGCACAGCCAAUAGGAAUGCGGAAAAUACUUCCUGCAUCAGAAGCUGUGAUUGUGAAAUUUUGCUAGAAGAUACAAUUGGAGAAGAGUGUUGUAAGUAUUGUAAGCAAGCUGGUGUAAAGUUGGAAAGAAAGGCAAAAUCAACUGAUAUGACUGUUGAAAAAGAACUGCACCCCAACACCCCACUCAGUACAGUUUCCAAAGAUAAGCUAAUUAAAGAGGUAAAAAACACCCGGAAGAAAGAAAAACAAUUAAGGAAAAUGGUGAACAAUUUAGAAGAAGAGAUUCGGCAAAAAGGAACUUGUCUGAAUGAUGGACUACACAAUGACUUUUCAAGGAUCAUAUCUGGCAUUGAAAAAGAACUACCAGACGAUAGUUUUGAAAAGCUGUUUUGGCAGGAACAGAAAAAGUCUUUUCAGAAAAAUCCUAAGGCAGUGAGAUGGCAUCCAAUGAUGAUAAGGUUUGCUUUGCAUAUACAUCUUAGAUCCCCUUCAGCUUACAAAGCCUUAAGAGAAAGCAAUGUCGUUAAAUUGCCUUGUGAACGAACACUAAGGGAUUACACAAACACUGUUCACCCAAGUACUGGCUUUCACAAGGCUGUGUUUGACGAUUUGAAACAUCAAGUAGAAAAGCUAAAUGACAUUAAAAAAUAUGUUGUUCUUAUGCUGGAUGAGGUAUCAAUAAAAGAUGAUCUUGUAUACGACAAAGUAACUGGGGAGUUAGUUGGCUUUGUAAACAUCGGCAAUGAUGUCGAUGAUUGCCACAUAAUUCGAAAUAAAGAAGAGAGCAUCAAAACAGCAAAUGUUGCUACCCAUGCUCUUGUUUUCAUGGUGACAAGUAUUGCAUCUCGUUUGAAAUUUAGUUUGGGUUACUUUGCAACAACAACAGCUACAGCAGAUCAGUUAUUUCUGCUCAUGUGGAAAGCUGUGGGACUGCUUGAAACAUAUGCUGGCCUCAAAGUUGUUGUGGUUGUGUCUGAUAAAGCUGGCCCAAAUCAGCGACUGUACAGCCUUCAUGAUUCUGGAGAUAAAAGUACUUAUCGAACAAAGAAUGUAUUUGCAACUGAUGAGCAGAGAUAUAUCUACUUUUUUUCUGACCCUCCUCAUCUCAUUAAAACUGCCAGAAACAACUUGGCCAGUUCUGGCUCAGGAUCGAACACUAGAAGAUUAUGGAACAAUGGGAAGCAUUUACUUUGGAAACACAUAGUUGAUCUUUAUGAGGCUGAUCGAAAGAACAAUUGGUGCGAACAAUGCCUAAGCUAA